AUGGAUUCAGAAGCUUUUAGAAUUUAUGGUAAACAAAUGAUUGAUAUUGUUGCUGAUUAUUGGGAAUCUAUGAGAGAAAGAAAACCAUUACCUGAUGUUCAACCAGGAUUUAUGAAAGAUUUGAUACCAUCUGAACCACCUAUUAAAGGUGAAGAAUGGAAAGAAAUUUUUAAAGAUAUAGAAUCUGUUGCAUUGCAAGGAAAUACCAAUUGGCAUCAUCCACAUUUUUUUGCCUAUUUUCCUACUGCUUUAUCAUAUCCUUCUAUAAUGGCAGAUAUAUUAUCUGGUGGUAUUGCUUCAAUUGGUUUUAGUUGGAAAUCAUCUCCAUCAAUGACUGAAUUAGAGAUGGCAAUGACAGAUUGGUUAAUAAAAGCUUUUCAAUUUCCAACAUAUUUUCUUAAUUCUGAUGAUGGUCAUGGUGCUGGAAUAAUUCAAAAUACAGCUUCAGAUGCAACACUUGUAGCAAUACUUUCAGCUAGAGCCCGUGCUGUUAAAAAAAUAAGUGAUACUUUGAGAUAUCAAAGUUCUUCAAAAAAUAUAAAUAAUGAAGAUAAUGUUAUUUUGUUGUUAAAAAAUAAUAUUACUUCUAUUUUCAUAGAUAAAUUAGAAAUCUUAAAAAAGAAAAUCAUUUAUAAUACUAAUGGUAAAGAAUGUAAUGAAAAUAUAUUAGAAAAUAAUGAUAUAACAACAUUUGAAGCACAUAAUCCAUCAUUAUUUGAAAAAUUGGUUGCUUAUUGUAGUGAUCAAGCUCAUAGCUCUAUUGACAAAGGAGCUAUGCUUGCUGGAGUUAGAUUAAGAAAACUCAAAAGUAGUAUUGAUAAUAAAACAAAAAAUUAUACAAUUAAUUCUGAUACAUUAAAAAAGGCUAUUCAAGAAGAUAUUAAUUCUGGAUUAGUGCCAUUUAUUUUAAUUGCUACUGUUGGUACAACUAAUACAUGUGCUGUUGAUCCACUUUCUGAAUUAGGUCCAAUUUGUAAUGAAAAUAAUAUUUGGCUCCAUGUUGAUGGUGCUUAUGCAAUAUCCUUUGCUUUGCUACCAGAAUGUAAAUAUCUUAUUAAUGGGAUAGAAUAUGCAGAUUCUUUUAACUUUAAUGUUCAUAAAGCUAUGGCUGUUAAUUUUGACUGUUCUCCAAUGUGGUUUAAAGAUGCUUCAGAAGCUAUAGCAUACUUUAAUGUCGAUCCUGUUUAUCUUAAACAUGAACAUCAGACAAAUUCCUUCGAUUAUAGACAUUUACAAAUUGCUUUAGGUAGAAGAUUUAGAAGUCUAAAAUUAUGGUUUGUUUUUAGAAAUAUGGGAAUUGAAGGAUUACAAAAAUUUUUAAGAAAACAAAUUGAAUUAGGAGAUUAUUUUCAUGAUAUUUUAAUAAAAGACAAUCGUUUUGAAAUUAUAGUUCCACAUCAUCUUGGAUUGACAUGCUUUAAAAUCAAAGAUUCAACCAAUGAAAUUAAUGAAAGAUUAUACACAGAAAUUGAUAAAGAUCGUAGAAUCCAUUUAGUACCAUCAAAAAUUAAUGGAAUAUAUUUUCUUAGAUUUGUUGUUUGUAGUCAAUUAACAACAAAAGAAGAUAUUCUAUUUGCAUAUAAUGUUAUAGUUGAAAUUUACAAUAAGAUAAUACAAUGA